AUGAAACAACUCGAUAUCAUCGUCGCAAACCGUUUCCAAAUCGUCAAUUUCAUCUCUUCGGGAGCCUAUGGCGACAUCUAUGAAGCAACCGACCUUGAAAGCAAAACCAAAGAGCGCGUUGCGCUAAAAAUGGAACGUACAAAGUUCCCUGACUCCCUCAGCAGGGAGUCAGUAUUCUACGAGAAGCUCCAAAAGGGCAAAACCACCGGCAUGCUUAAACUCCACUUCCCUACCGACAUCUGUGAUGACUACCGCGUCAUGGGUAUCGACCUUCUAGGCCCCAGUCUCUGGGACCUUAAGCAUUUCUGUGGGGGCAAAUUCAGCCUCAAGACAGUUCUCUUGAUAGUGGAACAAGCGCUAUUCCGAUUAAAGUCUCUACAUGACCGGGGUAUUAUCCAUCGGGAUUUAAAGCCGGACAAUUUCCUCAUGGGAAGAGGCCGUCAAGGAAAUAUCAUUUACCUUGUGGAUAUGGGCCUUGCGCAGGAGGGAGUGGAGGCGCCUGGCGAUCCGAUGGAUUAUGAGGGACAUCAGGCGCUUUCGUUUGUGGGUACGAACGAUUACGCACCUAGGGCUGCGCAUCGGUUACACUAUCAGACGUAUCGUGAUGAUAUGGAGAGCUUUGGGUACGUGCUCAUCGACCUUCUCAAAGAUGUGUUACCCUGGGGUCAUAUGACUACAAGUGUUGGGGGGGUAACGCCCCAAGAUCGGAUGGGAAGAAUGAAAGAACAGAUCAGUCUUGACAAUCUAUGCAAAGAUCUCCCAGAGGUGUUCAAACAUUACUUUGAACACGUGAGAUCGCUGCGGUAUAACCAACGGCCGGACUACACUAAGCUCCGGCAGAUGUUCCUAAGCGAAUUUAAACGACAGGGAUUCCACCAUGAUUUUGUCUUUGACUGGACGCAAAGGCGCUUUGAUCAAGCAGCUGAGGAAUCGACGACCAGUGAAGAUUGA